AUGAUCCGGACUACCGGUAUUGAACCCGAAUACGAAAAAUUAACGCCGGAAUUUGCUGAAAGUUUUGUUGCUGGAAAUCCUAGGCUUCGACGGCUAUGUGAAGCGGAUCCGGACUGCCCAGUAAAAGCAUCCGAGUUGAGCCCGGAAAAGUGCCUGGGAUUCGAGCCGGGAUGCAAAUUAUUGAAUAGCUAUGCGGCGAACAGGACGAGCUAUAGGCCACCGAGACCCGAUGAAAAAUGGAUCGGCGAUGAAAAAUUCCAACGUGACCACUUUUUCAACGAGGGCGAUUUUGGCUAUGUGAAGCAGAGGAGCAUUUUGAAUGAGAUUUGCACAGCUGAAAACGAGGACCAAGCGACGUUACAAUGCUCUGAAAAUCUGCGGCAUUGUUGGGCUAAAAAUAUCUAUUUUGAUUUUCGGAAUUUACGGUUGAAAACGAGUAAACGCUAUCGUGAAGACGUGAUUCUAAAGGGGCAGGUCGGCGGCAAUUGCGCUAAAUUUUUCCCUGAUGUCAUCAGAAGUAAUUUGGAGCAUCUGGGAUAUUUGCAGAGCUGGGGCCACGAGCUUCAGCAUUUCCAGUCGAAGCCCGGCUUCCGGGUCGAUGUACAGAAUUGUGAUGUGAUUUUUGACAGGCCAACAGUUUUGAUUAAACUCGAUGCUUCCAUCAACAUGUACCACCAUUUUUGCGAUUUUGUGAAUCUAUUCGCCUCCCAGAUGGUUAACGGGUCAUUCGCGCGUGAUAUUGAUAUCGUUUGGUGGGAUACGGAUCCCCACGGGUUUAUCGACGCGUUUUUUGGUAUCACCUGGAAAGCGUUUUCCACUCGGAAACCCGUAGAGUUGAUCUCAUUGGACCAGAAACGGGUUUGUUUCAAAAAUGCGCUUCUACCUCUACUUGCUCGACAGCGUUUUGGGUUGUUUUACAAUACACCUUUAGUUCGUGCAUGUUCCGGAACAGGACUUUUCCAUGCCUUUUUCUCACCAUAUACUGCACCGCCUGGAUAUAGAGCAGAAAGGGCCGAUUCUGGAUACGGUUCGAAUCACUUUUCUCGUCAGGGGAACCCAAUUCCGGAAAGUUUUGAAUCAGGA